CGCGCUCGCUGAUUUAGGCGGCACAGGGCCACCGUACAGUGGUGAGAAGCCGGAGCGGUUGGCCGGUGCCUGACAACGAUGAGCGGCGCGAGGCAGUCGGAGAGAGGAGAUGGCGGUGACUCGGGCAGAACACUUAUAGCAGUUGGACUUGGUGUUGCAGCUGCAGCUUUUGCAGGUCGCCAUGCAUUUCGAUUGUGGAAACCUCUUCAACAAAUAAUUGUAGAAACGGCAAGAAGAAUCCCUAGUCCUAGCUUUCCAGCAUAUUACAAAGGAGGAUUUGAAGCAAAAAUGAAUAAGCGUGAGGCCACCCUUAUAUUAGGUGUCAGUUCAUCAGCUUCUCGAACAAAAGUUGGAGAAGCCCAUAAAAGAAUUAUGCUCUUGAAUCAUCCUGACAGAGGAGGAUCACCAUACCUGGCUGCAAAGAUCAAUGAAGCAAAAGAUCUACUGGAUUCUUCCAGCAAGAAAUGAUUUCUCAUGACUGUUAUUGUUUUAUUGUAUACAAUUUAGCAGUAAAAUAUUAUACCUUUUGAAUAAGAUUGUUCUCACUUAUGCUCUAAUAUAGUUAUAAACAUUACAGUUGAAAUGUGUUGAUGAAAAUUGGAUUUGGAGUGAGAAAGUGAGUUUUUCUUUCAUACAAGACAAAUAAGAACUUUGCAGAAUUUAGUUUACAGGAGUGAAGCUUAAUUUAAACACAUUAUCAAAUGAGUGUGAGAUUUACACUCCAAUGAUGUUUGCGUGAUAAAUAGAUUUUAUUCUUUGAAUGCAACCCUAGAUGUGAUGACUUCAUUUUCAUUUCUUGUAUGUAGUCUACAUAUAUAUGGUUAUUACUGCUUUAGCUCUGGGAAUAAGGGUUAGGCCUAUUAUGUCUUAUAAGGGAACAAAUAUGAGAAUAUUUAAAGAUAAUGAAUGUGAAGGGCUGUAGGAGAGAGCCAAAUAGUGGAAUCAUUAUUAUUGAGUCUGUUAAAGUCAAAUUUGAACUUGUCAGUUGUCUGAUCAUCAACUAAGUGCCUCCAAGGCAGUAGACGUUUGGAACUGAGUCAGUGGAUGCUAGAUUUGGGAUGGUUUUUAUUGCCUGAAUCAGUUGUUCAAUAGGAAAGAAUAGAGUUGCUAUCUAAUGUUAGAGGAUAAUUGAUAGGAUAGUUAUAGCUUGAGCAGUUUGGAGAUGCUAACACUGGUAAUGAUAUCUGUGAAAAGAGUUAUGUAGAGUCGCAAGAUGGUCAUUCAGACUUGAAUCUGUUCUGCUAUUCAGUUAUUUCAUAGGACAGCUUCAAGGCCAGUUCCUGGUUCCUAGCACUGUUAACUAAAGAGAGGGUGAUCUGCUACCUCAACAGAAAUUCAGACCCAUGUUUGGCUGCCUUUCCCCGCUUUAGAGCAGCUUUUACAAAUUAAAGAAAUAUUGUUCAUA